CACAUUGCACUUAGCGAGUGACAUCGUCUUGACAUCGGACAGUUGUUUUGACGGAACAAAUAAACGAAGUCAAAUAAACCGAUGAAAACGAGGCUACGACUCAUCAGCCGUUCAGGACGGACAUUGAAAUCAUGUUGUCCUUAUCGACUGUUUUCGUUGUAAUCGUGCUGAUUACCACUGCCUGUAAUGCAGACAGACCAACUGUCGAGAUCUCUACCGGUACACUAAUCGGUACCGUGGAAGAAUUCAGCAGUGAAUUUGUAGAUGGUACACGGACUGUACAUGUCUAUAGGGGUAUACCGUACGCUGAACCACCGGUCGGUGACCUGAGGUUUGCACCGCCUAAACCCAAGACACCGUGGCAAGGGGAGUACGAUGCUGCCGACUUCCGUACUGCGUGCAUACAACCGGAAACUCCGCCGAUUCCCACGGACAAGAUACAAGACGAAGACUGCCUGCAUUUGAAUGUUUAUGCACCACAGCCACGGAAAGACAACACGCCUGUAAUGUUCUGGAUCCACGGAGGUGCAUUUAUUAUGGGAUCCGGAACGAGGAUGUACGAUGCAACCAUACUGUCUUCAUUGAAUGACGUCAUUGUAGUCACCAUUAAUUAUCGACUGGGGGCGCUUGGAUUUCUCAGCACAGGUGAUGACGUAGCACCCGGUAACUAUGGUUUCUUAGAUCAAGUAGAAGCACUUCGUUGGGUUCAACAGAACAUUGCAGCUUUUGGCGGAGAUCCAAACACCGUUACCUUAUUUGGCGAGAGCGCGGGCGCCAUGAGUGCGCAUUACCACGUGAUGUCUCCAAUGAGUAAAGGGUUGUUCAAAAGAUCUAUUCUCCAGAGUGGUACCGGCGUAAUAAAUGGGGUUCUACAUACCGAUACAUCUAAGACUAACAAGAUAGCACAUGGUCAGGGUAAACUUGUUGGAUGUGAGAAAGACAACAGUAAAGAGCUAAUUGAAUGUCUUCGUACUGUACCAGCAGACGAGUUUAGAGAUUCGUCUGACGUCACAAAGCGCACUAUAGCGAACGUGACAGGAAUUAAUGAUAUCACGAUGCCAUUUCAACCGACUUUGGAUGGAGAAUUUAUAAAGGAGGACCCUUCGACGAUCAGAACUUUUAAUGGCGAGGAAUUGAUGACUGGUACUACGGGCGAUGAAGGAUUGUUCUUUUUCUUCUCAUUAUUUCCUAACGAUGACAGUGAGUUAUCAGUUAACAAGACUCUGUAUGAUUCGAUGUUUAGCAUGGUUAUUCCAGGAAAGAACCAAGCUGUCUUAGACAUGAUUAAACUAAUUUACGUGGACUGGGACCACGCUGAUGAGGAGAAUGCCAACUACCUGUCACCUUUGAGUCAAAUGGCAGGAGACGUAUUUUUUGUUUGUCCAUCUGACGUAGCUGCCCGUGAUUAUUACGGUGCGGGACUCAAUACCUAUAUGUACCAGUUGACACACGCCCCGGCGAAGUCAGUCUGGCCUUUCAAAACUGGCAAGCCACUUCAUGGAGAUGAUAUUCUAUUUGUCUUUGGUUACGCCCUGCUAUCUGAGAUGCAGCUAGUUCUUGGUGGUGACGAGAAGACAUUAUAUAAGCAGACGCCAAAUGAAAUUGAUAUUCAGGUGUCUUUACAAACUAUGAAAUACUGGACGAAUUUUGCCAAAACUGGUAAUCCUAAUCGUAGUUCUGCAAGUGAUGAAGAUAACAACGAUGACUGGCCAUUGUUUACAGUGCCAGGUUUAGCGUAUAAACAACUCUCAUUAUCAAUGGAGAAUAGUAAUGCAUUGAAAGCAAGAGAAUGUGCAUUUUGGAAUCAGUUUGAACCAAAGCUUCAGAAAUUUGGUGAGACAUGCGGCGCGAAAGAAGAAUCUAAAUACUCGGAAGAAGCAAACACGCCUUAGCAAUUUGCAGUAUUAUUUAGUCGCCUUUUUCUGCAUUAGUAAUAUCAAUUUGAUGGGCGUAUGCAUGGCAGUCGAACAGAUUGUAUUACAUACUGCAAGCAAUACAGAGUAGUGAUACGUGUUUUUUCAUAAUGCUUUAGUGUUACCUUGCAUGUGACGAUUGUGUAAUAUUGAUUUGAGAUUGUAACUCUUGAUAUAAGUGUAUCCACUUUAUGAUUUUUAAUUAAAUAUUCAUUUACCCAGCA